AUGAUGACUCGAUUCCAGGUUUGGGCCGCCGUGGCCCUACUAGGCUUGAAUAUCGUCACUGUCAUGGCUGACGGAAGUUGUGUGCCAACAUGUGUCAACGAUGUUCAAAACAAAAACUUUCAAGAGAUCGGUUGCGCAGCUGCCAAUCAAAACGGCUGUCUAUGCAUGAAAUCCGACAAGGGCUGGUUGGAGACAACCCGCCUCGAUUCUGUCUUCCCCAAGCUGCUGAACAAGCUCGCCAGCUCCUUCAACAUCAUCGACUUCAUCAUCGACUGCACCGCCUUCGACUUCAUCGCCAUCGCCAGCUUCAACAUCGCCCACCCCGACAUCGACAUCGACACCUGCGUCCACUUCCAGCACAUUGGCCACUCCAACCACCCCGAGCACCACAAUCACAAGCAACACAUUAUCUUCUGGUGUUGCUACAUCCAGCCACUCAAGUACUUCGACAGCCGCGUCUGGAGCAGAAAGAAGCAGGCUGCGCCUCGACACUCAAUGGAUAUUUCUAAGCCGCUCCCGGGCUCAGGACGCACAUACCCCGCGCGCGAUGAUCGUGGACGAGACAGCGAUUCGUACGACAAGUACGGCAAUGAUAUUGAAAUGACGUCGAAUCGCUACGAGGAUAUGAUCCCAAGCCAGCAGCCACGAACGAUGGUGUAA